CCAUAUCCGGUGUCAUUUUCACUAUUGAUCACAUUGCGCAUGCUCGCUAACCUUACACGUGCAUGUGCAGUUGUGUUUUUACUAUAGCUGUGAUUUCGUGUACAAUUAUAAGUAAUUGUACUAAAAAAGAUACGUCGACAGUCCUUUUUACAUCUCGGGUUUUGCCCCAAGAUGACCAGCCUGGCUGCAAAGUAUGAUUAUUUGGAGAAAUUUGCCAGUAAAGUGAUAUCAUCUCAACAGCCUGAACCCAGAAAACGAGCUUAUGUUCCAUACAAAGGGACCAGUAGUGAAGAUGGCCCCUCUAAAAAGAAGAAGAACAAACAGAAACAGACUCAAGGGAGUCAAAAGAACAAACAGCCUGUCAUCAAGACCAGGCAGACCCCCGACACCAGCAUAGUCCAGAAAAGGAUCAACACUGUUGACCAAGAGGCUCCAAAGCUCAAAGUUCAGAAAUGCACAACAACAAACCCUAGCAAGACAUCAGAGGAAGGUAAAACUCAAGGGUCAGAGUUCUCUGCACGAGACCUAUUACGUCAGAGACUCCACCAGAAGAUUGAGGAGUCUCGUGGACUGGGCCCCAUUGUAGAUCCCUCCUCAGAGGAGGUGAAGAAGAGACGGGAGAGGCGGAAACAGGAGAGGGAGCGAAAGAAGAGGAAAAAGAAAGAGUUCCGCGCAAAAAAGCUGGCAGAGAAAGUCGCCGCUGAGGCUGAACAGGAGGACACACCAGAGGCCCAACCCACCCCGACAGACAAGGCAGCUCAGAGGGACACAACCUCGGUGGUGUUCAGCAAGGUGGAGGUGGGUGAGGAGUAUGUGGACAAGGUCACUCAGAAGAAAGAGAAGCGGAAGCAGAUAAAAGGUGGCCUCACGCCUCUGACGGGGAAAAACUACAAGCAGCUGCUGACCCGCGUGCAGGCCAGGAAGGCCAAGCUGGAGGAUCUGAGGGAGAAGGACCCAGCCAAGGCCGAGAAGGAGGAGGAGAAGAUGAAGUGGACCAACAUGCUGUACAAGGCAGAGGGUCUGAAGAUCAAGGACAACGAAGACAUGCUGAGGGCCUCACUGAAGAAGAAGGAGCAGAGGAAGGCUCAGGUCAAGAGGAAGUGGACAGAGAGGAGCCAGCAAGUGCUGGAGAAGAUGCAGAACCGACAGGACAAGAGGCGCAGGAACCUCCAGAAACGCAAGCAGGGGAAGGUCGAGAAGCGCAAACAGAAAGCCAGGAAGAAGGGUCGUGUGCUACCAGAGGAUCUGAAGAAGGCUAGACUGGACUAGAGGGAUAGUUUGGGGAGAAUACAGCGUUCUGGUCAGAAGAGAAUGAAACUCGUAUACUGGUGAAAACGGAGAUCGUCUGGUUGAGUGGGUGUCCCACUAGUUGAGAAAAUUACUGGUAUGAAGACUAUUUCAGCCCACUUAACCAGUAAUUUGGCGUACUUUGUUUUCCAACCAACAAAGCAAAAAGAGACUGUUGUAAUAUUGUUUUAUAAAGCAUUUAUUCCAUGCAAA